AUGGAGACGGAUUGCGAUUGGUCGAGAGAUAAAGAGACAAAAUGUGAUUGGUUAAGAGAUAAGGAGACGGAUUGUGAUUGGUUGAGAGAUAAGGAGACAAAAUGUGAUUGGUUAAGAGAUAAAAAGAAAUGUGAUUGGUUGAGAGAUAAGGAGACGGACUGUGAUUGGUCGAGAGAUAAAGAGACAAAAUGUGAUUGGUUAAGAGAUAAGGAGACGGAUUGUGAUUGGUUGAGAGAUAAGGAGACAAAAUGUGAUUGGUUAAGAGAUAAAAAGAAAUGUGAUUGGUUGAGAGAUAAGGAGACGGACUGUGAUUGGUCGAGAGAUAAAGAGACAAAAUGUGAUUGGUUAAGAGAUAAGGAGACGGAUUGUGAUUGGUUGAGAGAUAAGGAGACAAAAUGUGAUUGGUUAAGAGAUAAAAAGAAAUGUGAUUGGUUGAGAGAUAAGGAGACGGACUGUGAUUGGUCAAGAGAUAAAGAGACAAAAUGUGAUUGGUUAAGAGAUAAGGAGACGGAUUGUGAUUGGUUGAGAGAUAAGGAGACAAAAUGUGAUUGGUUAAGAGAUAAAAAGAAAUGUGAUUGGUUGAGAGAUAAGGAGACGGACUGUGAUUGGUCGAGAGAUAAAGAGACAAAAUGUGAUUGGUUAAGAGAUAAGGAGACGGAUUGUGAUUGGUUGAGAGAUAAGGAGACAAAAUGUGAUUGGUUAAGAGAUAAAAAGAAAUGUGAUUGGUUGAGAGAUAAGGAGACGGACUGUGAUUGGUCGAGAGAUAAAGAGACAAAAUGUGAUUGGUUAAGAGAUAAGGAGACGGAUUGUGAUUGGUUGAGAGAUAAGGAGACAAAAUGUGAUUGGUUAAGAGAUAAAAAGAAAUGUGAUUGGUUGAGAGAUAAGGAGACCGACUGUGAUUGGUCGAGAGGUAAAGAGACAAAAUGUGAUUGGUUAAGAGAUAAGGAGACGGAUUGUAAUUGGUUGAGAGAUAACCUCUACUGUCCUGGAAGUUACCGGAAACUUCGAUCAUUCUUCAAAUUGGGUCGCGACGGCGAUCUGUUCGGGAGCUCAAGUGAUGGUUCCCGUUUUCUGUUGCAUGUACUCUC